AUGCCCAUGAAAGGCCGCUUCCCGAUUCGCCGCACCCUGCAGUACCUGGGCCGGGGCGACGUGGUGUUCAAGGACACGGUGAAGGUCAUGACGGUGAAUUACAACACGCACGGGAAGCUGGGCGAAGGCGCCAGGAAAUUUGUGUUUUUCAACAUACCUCAAAUCCAAUACAAAAACCCGUGGGUGCAGAUCAUGAUGUUUAAGAACAUGACACCGUCACCCUUCCUCCGAUUCUAUUUGGACACUGGUGAGCAGGUUCUCGUGGAUAUAGAGACCAAGAGCAAUAAAGAGAUCAUGGAGCACAUCAAAAAAAUCCUGGGGAAGAAUGAGGAAACCCUGAAGCAAGAAGAGCAGGAGAAAAAGCAGCUUUCUCACCCAGCCCACUUUGGACCUCGGAAGUACUGCCUGCGGGAAUGCAUCUGUGAGGUGGAAGGGCAGGUGCCCUGCCCGGCCCUGGUGCCCUUACCCAAGGAGAUGACCGGGAAGUACAAAGCAGCUCUGAAAGCCAGUGCCCAGGACUAA